UGGUCCGCGGCUGACUCAGCCGUGCCGCGGAGAUUAUCAAAGAGAGAUAGCCGACAGAAGCGCGGGCAAGCGCGGAAAGCAGCGGAGUCCAGCAGUGUGGUGCGGGAUCCGAACUGCUGGGUCGGACUGCUAUUCGCUAAGGGGCCGCGCGAAAGCCGUGCUGCUGGACGGCAGUGCCUUAGCGACUGACCAGGGAAGGAUAAAUACAGUCGCUUUCGCUGCUUUUGAAAAGAGUACAAUAUCUCCAAUCUGCUAUCUCGCCAGUAAACAACUCGUCAGAUCCUUCAAACCAUCCCAGCUCAUAUAUCUUGUACCUCCCACUGUCCUCCAGACUUUACUUCUGCUUCUGCUUCUGCUUCUGCUCCUGCUUCUGCCUCUUUUUCUUUUCCUUUUCUUCCUUGUUCACUUCCUUGCCCUUUCUAUUCCCUCAUCUCAGCAAUCCACUUGUUAAGCAGCCCUUCUCUUUUCAUUAAUGUAAUUAUGCCAGAUCCCAAAAUGUCUAAUAAUCAAAACAAGUAUUCAUAUUCCUUUAAUAUAUAUAAUAUUAUCUCCAAUAGUGUUGUUCUCUCGUUUUUCUUCAACCUAUUGAAUCUUUUGAAAUCAAAUUUUCUAAAUCUAAAAUCAAUUUUUUAUCCCUUUCUCACCAAUAAAGACGAUGAUCAGCAAUUUCAAAAACCCUCAAACCAUUCUACUAAUCUUAUUAACUCAACCAAACCAAAUCACCCAAAUGUUUCAAAUGAUUCAAGUGUUUCAAAUAAUUCAAAGCUGAACAAUAAUAAAAAAAAAUCAUCCAAGAAGUCAAGUAAAAUCAUCUCCUUAAAGUCAAAUGUCAACAAUACUCUCAAUAAAUCUUCAAAAAAAUCACAAAAAAUCAUCUUCUUUCCCAAUAACAACUACAACAACUUCAGUAUCCCCCAAAAAUUAUCUGUCUCAAAUAAAAACUCAAACUCAUUACUAAUCAAAUCAUCUGCAAAAUCUUGUUCCAUCGACCAAAAUCAAUUGAAAUUUAUUCCCAUCCAAGAUCAAUCAGGUAACAUCUCUUGGUCAAACCAAGUAAUUAAUAACACUAACACUAUUAACACUAUUAACACUAUUAACACUAUUAACACUAUUAACACUAUUAACAUAAUUAAUAAUAAUAAUAAUAAUAAUAAUAAUAAUAAUAAUAAUAAUAAUAAUAAUAAUAAUAAUAAUAAUAAUAAUAAUAAUAAUAAUAAUAAUAAUANUAAUAAUAAUAAUAAUAAUAAUAAUAAUAAUAAUAAUAAUAAUAAUAAUAAUAAUAAUAAUAAUAAUAAUAAUAAUAAUAAUAAUAAUAAUAAUAACAACAACAACAAUGAUAAUAACUAUAUUAUUGACUUGAACAACAUCCCUGAUUUUAAUAAUGACAUCUCUCAAGAUUUUGACUUGACUAAUAUUGAUCUAGCUGAUUUCAACUUGGAUAACUUCAACAACUUGAACGAUUAUUCAACUUUUUUAACUGACAAAGAUUUUACCUUAACCACCUCUUCUUUCUCCCAAAUUGAUAAUUUAAAUAACAACUUAAAUACAAUCAGUUUUGACAGUAAUUUCAUUACCAACAAUCUCCAAAACACCUUUAACAAUUCAAACAACAUCAACCAUGAAAAAACCUUCACUACAAUCGACAGCAACUUGGUCCCCAUUUUACCCUCAAAUGGCCAUAUUUUCAACCAAUCUUCUUUACCCUCAAAAUCACCACAAAAUAAAUCCUUUAAAAAAUCAACAAAACAUAAAAAAACACUAAAAAAUAAACUGUUCAACUCAACCCUAUCCUCUUCCUCUUCCUCCACUUCUAUUUCAGACGCUGAGUCCCUUUCACCAUCUCCUCCUUCCUCCACUUCUUCCUCUUCCUCUCCUUCUUCAAAUCCCACUUCUCCAUCUCAAUCAUCCAAUAAAUCCGCUACAAAUAUCUCUCAAAAACAAUCCAAAUCACAUAUUUCAAUUAAAUCAAUCAAAUCAAUCAAAUCAAAUCAAUCUGAAACAACAAAAACCCAAGAAAACGAUUCAAAAAAGUUAAACAAAUUAGAAGAUUCAGAUGACUUGCAAGACUUGGAAGGCUUGGAAGACUUGCACAACUCAGAUAAAUCUGACGAUUCUGAUGUCUCUGAUAAAGGUGAGCCUGACGGCUUUGAUUCCUCUCCCUCAAACGAAAUCUCCUCAUCAGGCUCCUCCUCAGGCAAAUCAAAAGUCCAUGUUUGCUCUUACUGUCAAGCUGAAUUCAGAGUUCGUGGUUACUUAACUAGACACAUUAAAAAACAUGCCAUCGACAAAGCUUACAAAUGUCCCUUCUACAAUCCAAACUCAGACCACAAAUGUCAUCCAAAUGGUGGCUUUUCUAGAAGAGAUACCUACAAAACCCACCUAAAAGCCAGGCACUUUAAAUAUCCUCCUGGAACAAGAUCUCAUGAUAGAUGCCAUGUUUCUGGUAGAUGUGCUUCUUGUGGUGUACGCUUUGAAAGCAACGAAGAUUGGGUAGAAAAUCACAUUGAAAGUGGCCAAUGCAAAGGCUUACCUUUUGGCUAUAUUUCAAGAAAUAAUAAAUCUCACAACAAGAAGAAAAACCAUCUUCAAAUUCCCAAUAAUAUUAAUCAUAUCGCUAACAUUAAUAACAUUAACGCUAUUCCUAACAUUAAUAAUAUCAAUGCUAGCCAAAUCCCAAUGCAAAUCAAUAACCAAAUCCCUAUCAAUUUUAACAAUCCUUUUAAUCAAUUUGAAAAUAAUCAACCCAAUCAGUUUAUCAGCGUCAAUAAUAACUUGAAUGAUUUAAAUAACAAUUUAAUUAAUAAUGAUAUUAACAACAACAAUAAUAAUAAUAAUAACAAUAAUAACAAUAACAAUAACAAUAACAAUAUAAACGCCAAUAAUAAUAUAAACGGCAAUAACAAUAUAAACACUAAUAACAAUUUCAAUAAUCUAAAUAACUUUCAAUUUUCUCUUGAUUUUAAUCAAAACCAAAACCAAAAUCAAAUUUCUUUUUUUUCUCAACCUCAAAUUAAUUCUCAAUUGAUUCAAACUCAAUUACAUCCAGUUCCUAUCUCACAGUCCAUCAAUCACCAACCAUUAAACCAAUUACCACCUAAUCUUUACAAUAAUGAAAAUGUUAACAAUAGAAAUUCCACUGAAAUUUCUCUACUUAAUAACACUACAGUGAAUUCUACUCCCGAUUUUACUACAAUCACUUCUCCAUUAAGUAAUUCUAGUAACAAUAAUAGCAAUCAAAACCUACCUUUUGCUUCAGGUUUAGAUGAGGAAUUUGAUGAAGAUAAUAAAUAUUCUUUAGAUACCGAACAAAGUACACUGUUGGAUUUAGCUACUAAUUUGUUUGAAGUACCAAACACCUAUUAUCCAGAUAUUGCCAAUAACGUUUUUUCAGAAACUAUUAACAAUGAAAACUACAACAAUAAUAAUUAUAACACCAAUAGUUUCAACAACAACAAUAAUAUUAAUGGCAAUGGCAAUGCAAAUGCUAAUAAUAACAAUCUCAUUAACCACAAUAUUGUGAUGAACGGCAACAAUAGCAGUUUGAGCACUCUAACCAUGGGUAGUAAUUACAAUAACAACGGCGUUAAUAAUUUAAACAAAAACAACCAGAACAUGAACAUGAACAUGAACAUGAACAUGGCUAUGGGAAUGAACGAAACAAAUUUUAUGUCAAACGCUUAUAAUAUUGUUACAUGUUAAUCAAAUACCCUUUAAAUAAAUUACCAUAUACAUGUUUUUUUUAUAUUGAAAAAAAUCAUUUAUUAAAAACGAUUAUCAAAUCCUGAAAGUUAUUUAAUUCUUUUUUUUUUAUUCAUCAUCAAUCUUUACAAUAAAAUUAAUUGUUUAUAAUUCAUUAAUGGUCUCAUUCUUUUUCCUUGGUUUACAUCACUGCCGUUUUUCUUUUUUUUUUUGUUCUUGAG